AGUGUAUUUUUAUGUUAUUAUGUCUUAAAAUCGAAUUAAGGAAAGUCAUGACUAGUAGUAUUAUUACUGAUGCUUUUAACGUCCUCCACGAGGAGUCGUCAGAUCUAUAUUUGGGCGAGAGUCUGCCUGAAACACGGGCAUUAGAGCCUCUAGAGUUCUUCAGAGAAUAUGUAUCAAAGAACAUACCAGUCAUCAUCAGAGGAGGCUGUGCUAACUGGCCGGCAACAAACAAAUGGAAUGCUGCUUAUUUUAGGAAAACAAUACCAGAUAAAACCGUGACAGUAGCCGUCACACCCAAUGGUCUCGCUGAUGGAAUCACCACCAAUGAUGAGGGGAAGGAAUAUUUUGUCAUGCCAUUUGAAGUGGUGAUGACAAUGACAGAGUUUUUAGAUCGCUUAGAACAGAAAAGAGAAAACUAUAUACCAUACAUACAGAAACAAAACUCCAAUCUAACGGAAGAUUUCAAAGAACUAUUAUGUGACAUACAAUCAGAAAUACCCUUUGCCAGCGAGGCAUUCAACAAGUCACCGGACGCUGUCAACUUUUGGAUGGGAGAUGACAGGGCUGUGACAUCAAGUAAGAAAGACCCGUAUGAGAACAUCUACUGCGUGAUAGACGGCUUCAAAGAGUUCACCCUCAUACCCCCCACGGACCUGCCUCUAGUGCCCUACCACCGCUACCCUAGGGCCGAGUUCCAGUACAGUGGGGGUUGGGAGAUUGUGCCGGUGAAGGAUGAAGAUGAAACCGGGUUGCCGUGGAUUUGUGUUGGUAGGUAUAUCAGUUCAUCCUCAUACCCCCCACGGACCUGCCUCUAUGGGGGUUGGGAGAUUGUGCCGGUGAAAGAUGAAGAUGAAACGGGGUUGCCUUGGAUUUGUGUUGUGCCGUACCACCGCUACCCCAGGGCCGAGUUCCAGUACAGUGGGGGUUGGGGGAUUGUGCCGGUGAAAGAUGAAGAUGAAACCGGGUUGCCGUGGAUUUGUGUUGUUCAUCCUCAUACCCCCCACUGGCCUCUAGUGCCGUACCACCGCUACCCUAGGGCCGAGUUCCAGUAUAGUGGGGGUUGGGAGAUUGUGCCGGUGAAGGAUGAAGAUGAAACCGGGUUGCCGUGGAUUUGUGUUGAUCCCAAGCAGCCAGAUUACAAGAAAUACCCCCAAUUCAAGAAGGCCCACAAAUACAGCGUGAGUCUAGAGAAAGGCGACUGCCUAUACUUACCCAGCCUUUGGUUCCACCACGUCACGCAAAGCCACGGGUGCAUAGCUGUCAACUACUGGUACGAUAUGGAUUUUGAUAUCAAGUAUUGUUAUUUUAAGAUGCUGGAAAAGAUGUGUAAGUUUUAG